CUGUGAAUUUCACAGCAGUUGCUCGUGCACAAACACAGAGAGUAAAGCGCCGCCUUGAGAAGGGGGGAAACGUGGAAAAAGAGAAAGAGAGGAAAAAGGGAGUUGACUGCUCUGCUGCUGUUACGGCUGCUACGCUUUUGGGAGAAUAAUAGUGUUGUCCUGUUACUCCUACUAAAGAGUAAUACGCGCGUAGUGUCUUUUGUUUGUGGUGUAUAGUGUGUGACGCGUGCCAAGUGUGGAUUGUUUGGGGGGCAAAGUGCAGCAGCGAUAAUGAUUAGUGCCUCGUCCUAACCGUCAACCUCUUCGCGCCCCCAAGACAUGGAGGCCGAUUACCAGCCUUCUACGCUUAGCCCCGCUAAAGUUUUGACAGCCGCUGUAAAUAAUGAAAGCGACGAUCCGUACCCGAGCCUCUCGGAUUUCCACGAUUACGAGCCCAAUUUGGAAUUCGACGACACGGAGCUCCAGGCAACGUCGACUGCAUCAGCGGUCGAGUUAUUAGAGGAGAAAUUGGACUUGGCGGUUGGCGUGAUAGGCUCGGGAAUUGAUUACCUAGAGAGUCCAGUGAGCGACGGUACAAUAGAGGAAAAUUUCGAGGAGGCUCUUGUUGAUGCCCCUGUCAUCGAGACUGCCGACGAUUUAGCUGCAUUGGAUGAAACAGAACUAGCCGACGAAGAGGAUUACCACGACAUCGCGCGCCUUGGUAUUGUCGAGGUGGUCGGUGACGACAGUGCAGGACGCAAGAUAAUCGUCGUGUCAGCAUGUAAAUUACCACCGACGGGCAAAGAAGCGUUGUUCAGCCAUGCCAAGCUAUUGCGUUACCUUACUCACACCCUCGACAAAUUCGUCGAGCAGGACUACAGCCUUGUGUACUUUCAUCAUGGCCUCACGUCCAAGAACAAACCACCGCUGUCUUGGCUGUGGCAAGCUUACAAAGCUUUCGACCGCAAGUACAAGAAGAAUUUGAAAGCGUUAUAUCUCGUACAUCCGACCAAUUUCAUCAGGAUAGUUUGGCAGAUUUUCAAACCGGCCAUUAGUGCUAAGUUUGGUCGAAAGAUGAUGUAUGUCAAUUAUUUAGAGGAAUUGGCCCAGUAUAUUAAUCUCGACCAACUGAUAAUUCCACCGCAAGUCCUUGAGCACGAUGAACAACUGAUGUUGAAAAAUAAAAAAAAUCUGCCGACAAGUCCACCACCAAGUGUCGUAGCGACUCCAGUUGGAACGACUCAAUUCGGCGCGAGUCUUCAAUUCAUCAAAGAAAAUAACAGAGGAGAUCCUAUACCUCCCAUCGUCCGACAAUGUGUUGAAUUUCUCGACACCCCUGACGCAUUGGAAACUGAAGGUAUCUUUAGAAGAUCCGCCAAUGUUGCGGUAAUUAAAGAGCUUCAAGGCAGGUGUAAUCAAGGCUUGUCUGUUGAUUUCCAAGGUGAUGUACAUAUAGCUGCGGUGCUAUUGAAGACUUUUCUUCGCGAACUAGAAGAGCCACUUAUGACGUACGACUUGUACGAUGAAAUAACACAAUUCCAAACAUUGUCGAAAGACGAACGUCCAAGGAGAGUGAAAAUUCUUAUUUUGGAAAAGCUCCCUGAAGAUAAUUAUCAACUUUUGAAAUAUAUCGUUCAGUUCUUAUCUAGGGUAAUGGACAGAUGUGAUUUGAACAAGAUGACGUCUAGUAAUUUAGCUGUGGUGUUUGGUCCAAAUCUUGUCCGUGCACCACCAUCCCGAGGCAUGUCUUUGUCAGCGAUCGGUCCAAUCAAUCAAUUCAUCGACUACGUUUUCACCGACCAAGAUAAGAUAUUUAUAAUAUAAAGAAUAUAUCUACUUAUGUAGUUACUUUUUUGAGAAUUGGGCCUAAUCGCGCUACGACUGUGUAUGUCUUGUGUAUAGACGCCAUGAUUAUUUUCUGAUAAUUUUUUGUGAAGACUUUUCCGAUUUACGUUGCGUUAAAAAAUUUGUUUAUCACAUAUUUUCAGCAGCUUUGUACCGCCAUAGCUCAGUCGAAUAUACUUCAUUUUAGUGUCAAUCUUCAUUGCGCACCAUUACUUACAUGUGCAUUUGUACAUUUAUUGUCAACUUAGAGUAUCGUGACAUCGAUGUUUUAGUAACAUAGAUAAAAAAAAAUUAAUGUUAAGUCGGAUUCUGAAAUAUCAUUUACUUUGAAAGUAAAUUGGCACUAGCAGCAUAUCGCACUUUUACAUACGUACAUAAAAAAUUUAAUGAAAAAUUAUCAGAAAUGGAUGCUAAAGAUCCUUCGUUAAAAAAGAAAAAUAACGAUAUUGCCUCAAUGAAAAAAUAACAAAAAAUUGUUGCUACAAUUGUUACUAUUAUAAAUGUCUUAUACCGGUGAUUGCUAAUGAAAAAUAUCUAUUAAAUGUUUAUAUUUUGUAAUAACAUUCGUUAAUUUUAAAUUUUUUUCGCUUUUUAACAUUUAAAAAUCUUUUUUAGUGAAAAAAAAAACCUAAUUUUUUAAAUGAUAUUUUUAGUAACAUGCCGAGAAAAGAGAAAGAAAAAUUAAUAUAUAAGCUGGAAAAAUAAUUUUUGAGAAAAAAUGUACAAUGCAGGUACGAUUGUGGUAAAAAAUUGGUCGAAAAGAGGCUAAAAAUAUCCAAAAAAAAGUCUUGGAGGUUUGUAUAUUUUUGUGAAAAAUUGACAACCACAUACCAAAGAUAUAAGGAAAUUCACACAAUUUUUUGUAUAAAGUAGUAUUAUACUGAAACAGUGUAAUCAAAUCUUCAUAGGUAAUAGACAAUGAAAUAGGAUGAUCCCUCCAAGGUUUUAUUUUUGCUGCAGUAAGAUACAGAUCUUUUUCUGGCAUUUCAAUUCAAUAUUACAUUUUAUUGACAAUUAAUUAUUAUUAUCAACAUUCCAUAGUAACUUUAAUGAGUUUUUAAUAACAAAACUAAUAUAGUAAGAUUGAUUUUACAUACAAACUGUAUUAACUGCAAUCAAUAAUGCUAACAGAAGUGAUCUGUUUAUCGAAACAUCCUGUUAUAUAAAUAAUAACUUGUACAUAAUACAACAGUGUAUAAAAAAAUUCUAGUUUAUAAGAUGCCUAGAACUGAUUUUUAAUUAAAAGAAAAAUACAAAGAAAAGAAUAUAAGAGAAGAUACUAUAAUAUAAAAGCUAGAUGACCACAAAAAUGAUUGUGGAUCAUGUCAACAUAGAUCUAUAUGUUACAUACAACAAAUUUUUUCAAAUUAUUCUAUAUAUAAAAUUUUAGUAACAGUAGGUUUAAAUUAUUAUAGAUUUUUACUUACUUAGCCGGAGCAUUUGUCACGUUUUUUCUUAAUCUGAACUAUAUAAAUGUACGUUAACACCAAAAAAGCAAGAAACACUCGAGUAAGAAGUUUAAAAAAAUCUACUCACCUCGUAACUGUACGCACCCAGGCAAAUGCAACUUUAUUUUUUUAACAGUGCGUUGCUCGUUAAUCACUAGCCAUUCCUUAUGGUGAUUUAAAUUAUUUUGUAUAAUAAAUGAUGGAAAUGAUAUCAGGGAUCGUUAUAAUGAUACAUAAAAUCUGUAUAACUCAGAAGAAACGUAUUCAUCGAUUUUUGUCUAUACUGCCUGUAUAAAAAGAUGUUACGUCAUGUUUUUCUAACUAUUUUAGAAUUUUACAUUUUCACGAACGAAUUGAUUUUUACAUUUGAAUGUUAUAAUAAUAAUAUUGGUUAUAAUAUAAUAAUAAUAAUAAUAAUAUAAUAAUAAUAUUGUUAUAAUAAUAAUAUUGUUAUAAUAAUAUUAUUAUUAUAAUAAUAACAAUUAUAACCAUGAAACCUCUUAAAAAAAUAAAUUAUCCUUCUAUUUUUUCCUAAUCUGUACUCAUUUAAUUUUUAGAUUUGUAAAGUAUCGAUAUAAUAGCAAGUUUUGGCACGAAAAAGAAUUUUUUGUACAGGUAGUUAGAUUUUAUGUAAGAAUGAAAUGUGUCUGUAGUUUAGACUGAUACAUGCACGACCCAUGUAUAUACCUGUGAUAGUUGCACACUGUUUCAUCUGGAGUAUCUGCCAAAAUCUGGCGAUUAAAUGAAUAUAAUAACAGUAAUAAAUACAUCGUUUAAUUAUUAUUAAAAACAACUGAUACCUUAUUUUCAACAAUAUUAUUUAUUGAUUCUUUUUAUUUUUGUCAGUACAGUAUAAUUCAAGUGACAACAAAAUAUACGUUGUAUUAUAGUUUCGCAUGAGUUAGACAAAUUUGUUUUAAAUAAAUUAAGGCAAAAAGAUAAUUAAAAUGAAAUUUGUAAAAUGUGCUGCUUCCUUUGAUAACUGUAAACACUCAAAAUUUUUAUCCAAAAACUCACACUAGAAGAGAUUACUCAAUAUUCUUAUAUAGUGUUUUACAGUAGCAUAAUUUUUAACAAAUAUCAUAAUGUGAAACAUCAACUUGUGAUGGAUAAAAUUAAAUAAUAAACAAUUAAAAUUAUAAAGUUCCAUCAAUUCAUUUUUAUUUACAAUACUGUGAAGUUUUGGUCUUUUGAGAAACAGUUUAUGCGAACCUCUUCAAACGGAGAAUCUAUUCGUGUUCUACCGAAAUUAUUGCAAUAUUAUAAAUAAAAUUAAUUGACGAAACAACAGUAGUUUUAACUAUAUAUUAUCAAGCAUCAUAGUGUUGAAUCGGAUAUGAUGAUACCAAAGCCUUGGAUUUAAAACCUGAACAUUGUAUUAGAAUGAUUUUUGUUUUUCUCCUUGAUGGACAUAUUAUAAAAUAAAUAUUUAAUUUUAGUCAAAUAUGUUAGCAAAUUUUUAAAAACAAAAUGAUAAAAUGUCACAUAGUUUGACUUCAAAUUCAUUAGACAUUCCAAUAAGUAGCACGUUAUUUUUUCAAUUCUUAAUAGCAUUCCAAAACAAUCUAAUUUUAUACAUUUCAAAUACCAGUAAACUGUUACAUACAAAGUAAAUAAAAACUCGUUUACCGUGUCUUCAUCAUACACAAAGAUUGGCCAUUGGAAUAAUUCAAAACAAUCAUAGACGGGUGUCUUAUAAAGUUGCUAAGUCUGCAAUCUUAUAAAAAGUAGCAAAUUUGACGCAAGUCAUGACGUAUACAUUAGAAAUACUGAACUCAUUUAUCACUUCUUGUAAUGUCAAUCAAAGUAUAUGCGUAGUGACAUAAAAAAAUUCUAUCAAUGCUUAAACUUUCAGUUUGUGAAUUAAUAUAUUUAUAUCGAGUAUUCAGAAAAAUAUUUCUAUAAACUUUGUUAAUGCAUAAAUAAAAUAACAAAAUUUUUACGUUUCUUUAAAGCUUAUGAGAUGUUCUUGUCAAUUAUAAAAUUACAUGAAUGAGAACGUAGUCAUCAACCACCCAUUUAUUUCAAUCAAACUAAUUGAAAAAAAAUUCUCUUUUCUAAGUGAUCUACAUCACGCGCUUAUAGAAAAUUUCAUAUGUAAAAAUAAACUUUGAUGUUUCAGUUUGCUCUUUGUCCACAACCCACUUGAAAGAAUAUUGAUAAUCAAUAUAUUUGAAUACGAAUCAAUUACAUUAUUUUUAUUCAUUAUAUAAUAGUAACAAUAAAGUUUGUUAUAGUUGCACAUAUUAGUUAGAUGUUAUGAUUCUGUUAC